AUGCCGAUAUAUAAUGAUGUACGAGAAGUUAAUGAUGAUGUUGAAACAUUUACAGCACAAAAAUCGAUAGAAUGUUCUCGAAGAAUUUUCUUGAUUUGUGUUGCUGAAAAUCUUCGAUCAAUUCCUCUUCGUAUAGUUUCAUCAGUUAAUUGUUUACCAUGUUUAGUUGCACCGCUUGAUAGAUCUAUAUCAACUGAUGUUGUUUCUUGUUGUUCAGGUUCAUCAUCAUCCGAAGAUAUUUAUUCUAAAUUAUUAAUAUAA